AUCCGGCUUGGUCAACCGUGCUGUCACUGUCAAAGCUAGCUAAGCGAGCAUUCAUGCUACACACCGGGAUUUUAAGGCGAAUUGGCUAUAGUUUGACAUAUAAACGGCUUUGUGUGUAGAUCAAAGGUUUGUGUAUGUGGCACUAAUAUUCCAGAUGGAUUAAGUUGGGGAUUUUCCUUUUAAAGACAGGAGUCAAAGGUAAAGGUAAAACACGUUGUCUGGCUGCCCUUUGUUAAACGGCAGAUUAACGUGUGUGUAAAGUAGGUCGCCAGUGAGUUUGGGCACUUCCAGAAGAAAACUACUGCCUCCCACCACUCCACUCAGGAUGCCAUGCCACAAUCAGCAAAUGAGCAGUGUCAACACCGGCCAAGAGCACCCCAUGAAGCAAGUACGCUUUGCUACGAACAACAGCAAUGUGGCUGCAGUGUUGUCCACAAGUGAGCCAAAUGAUGCUAACAGCAGCAGGCAGCCUGUAAACCAAGACCCACUGGGACCGCAACUCAAACUGCUUCCUCUCAAUGACCAGAUCCGAGAAUUGCAGACAAUAAUUAGAGACAAGACUACCAGCAGAGGGGAUUUUGUGUUUUGUGCUGACCGACUGAUCAGACUCGUCGUGGAAGAGGGCUUGAAUCAACUGCCCUACUCUGAGUGCACUGUAACCACACCGACAGGGUACAAGUAUGAAGGAGUCAAGUUUGAGAGAGGCAACUGCGGCGUCAGUAUAAUGAGGAGUGGUGAGGCCAUGGAGCAGGGUCUGCGGGACUGCUGCCGCUCCAUUCGCAUCGGCAAAAUCCUCAUCCAAAGCGAUGAGGAGACCCAGAAAGCCAAGGUCUACUACGCCAAGUUCCCUCCAGACAUUUACAGAAGAAAAGUGCUGCUCAUGUACCCCAUCCUCAGUACAGGGAACACUGUGAUUGAAGCAGUGAGGGUGCUGAUUGAGCAUGGAGUACAGCCCAGACAUAUUAUCCUCCUCAGCCUCUUCUCCACACCUCACGGGGCCAAAUCUAUAAUCAAGGAGUUCCCAGAUAUCACCAUACUGGCAACAGAGGUUCACCCAGUGGCUCCAACACAUUUUGGACAAAGGUAUUUUGGCACGGAUUAAAUGCAGGACAGCCUGAGGAACAUGAUCUUGUAAAUGUUGGUUUGAGUUCAUUUGUCUGCUUUAUUUAAAAAAAAAAAAAAAAAGUUCUCAUGUUCUUCUUGUGCCAAAUACUCUCAAAAGGAAACCAUAUUUAUUCUGUUAAUUUUUUCUUCUGCCGUGUAUGGAAACAAACGAUGCCGAGCCAUAUCAAGAUUGUUUUAUUUUGCGUGUUACAAGUGAGGAUUUAUAUUUGUUAUCAGACAGAACACCAAAUGGAAAGUAUUUACUGACAAAGGGAAACGCCACAAUCACAUACAGUACGCCAAAGACGGUUUUCACCCUGACCGCAAGCCAGCCUUGUGCUCCACUCGCUUGUUGUGUUUAUUGUCUCAUGUUAGAAGCCCAGGUUCGUGAUGCAUACAUUGUGUGUCACAUAUCACCUUCACAUGGAGCAAAACAUACAGAUACCACCUGCAGCAGUUCAGUCUGUACAGCUGUACAUUUUAGCAAUAAAUAAACAUGAAAGUCGUCAUGUUUCUCCAUGCACAAUCCAGCCAUACCUUAGACGCAGACGACAUAGAUCAUUAGAAAUGACAUGAGUGUUUGAUACGCUCCAGCAAGUUAGGAAAACAAUGAUGAGGUCAAAAGUGUCAAACCUGGUUGUAUACAGCCCCCCCGCCCCAACUGUCAAUAAAUUGUGUAAGAAAUCCAUUUGUCUCAAUUAAGUCGUCACAACACGUUGGCAUUAAAAAUGUAAAAACGUGGAUACAAAAACACAAACGUCACAUUUUUGGUUUGGUCUGUGCUCUCAUUUGAAACGCGUGCUAAUAAAUAAGCAGUUCACUUCUCAUGGACGCACACAAAAAUAUCACUGCAACGCUGGUUCUGACCUUUUCUUUUGAAUGUUCUUAAAAAUCAGUAAAUGACACAAGACAGGAUCUACAUUACACCACAUUUCCUCAAAUUAGUGUCCAGAGGCGUUUAUUUACUUGACCGCAGAGCACGGCAGACUCAGGAGGAGUCUCUUUGAGAGGAGGCCUUUAUUUGUAAAAGUGGAGCUUGCCACAGUGAUGUCCAUCAGUCGGUCUAUGUAACAAUGGGAAUGGAAUGUAUACCAGCGGUGUCUAUUGGUGUGUCCUUUUACUCUUGGUCACUAUCAAUAAUGCAGUACAGUCGGAAGCUCCUCUUGUCACUUUUAGGACUGACAUGUGUCUGGAUGACAAUGGCGUACGCUCUGGUGAAGUUAAGUUUAAGUUUGCACUUGCUGCACACCUAUAAGACCUUGCUGAUGUGUAUUUUCCUUGCUCUGUGUUUUAUUAAUUACAGUCAGUGAUUUUUUUUUUCCAACACUGUUCUCAAGGGUUUGUUUGUCUAAAUAAAAAUAAUAAAAAUAAAUAAAUAAAAAAUCAAGACCUA